GACUCCUUCUUUUCAGGAGCCCACUCGGUUCUGUCGUUCAGGGUGUCGCUUCUUUCUGAGCUCCUGUCUCUUUAAAUGAAGGGCAUUUACCCUUUAACUCUUUCUGCGCAUCUCUUGACUGAAUCCAAGAAGACCAAGAACCAGAGGACUUCCACACCCCUCUGGGUGACAUCUGGUGUUUUCACCUGGUUACCCGGUUACCUCGCCUGGUUAUCCAGCUAUCAACAUUUCUGGCAUCUCCAGUUGGAUACAUCAGUCUCAAGUAAAACUGUGGGAAGGUCCCGAAGAACCACAGAAGAACAACAGAAUUCAGCGCCUGAGCAUUCUUGUGAGCCACUGGAGAACUUAAAAUUCCACUUCAAGUGAAAAGAUAAGUAAAGCCUUCUCUCUGUUCACCCAAAACUAAAGUCAAUCUCAGUACGGGGAAUCUUGGUUGCGGUGGCAUUGGUUCUUCUCCUUAUUUUGACCCACACUGGCAUGCCACCUGAAGUCCCGAUAACAGCCUGAUUUCUCACUAAACACUCCAUCGAACCAUUUCAUUAUGUGUCUCUCCUAUUUUCAGCACUUUCCUUUUGCUUUCACAAAGCUUAAGGGAGAAUCAGCUAUGACAGAGAAAUUCCUUUUCCUUUAUCUUUCCCUCCUUCCCAUGCCCCUACUCUCACAGGCACAGUGGAAUGAAAAUUCCCUUGUCAGUUUUUCCAAAAUAAUUGCUUCGGGAAACCAUCUAAGCAACUGUUGGAUCUGCCACAACUUCAUCACCAGGUCCUCAUCUUACCAAUAUAUUUUGGUAAGAAAUUUUUCUUUAAACCUAACAUUUGGUUCAGGAAUCCCUGAAGGCCAACAUAAAUCUGUUCCGCUCCAGGUUUCGCUUGCUAACUCAGCGCACCAAGUCCCCUGCCUGGAUCUCACUCCACCUUUCAAUCAAAGCUCUAAAACUUCUUUCUAUUUCUACAACUGCUCUUCUCUAAACCAAACCUGUUGUCCAUGCCCUGAAGGACACUGUGACAGGAAGAACACCUCUGAGGAGGGAUUCCCCAGUCCCACCAUCCAUCCCAUGAGCUUUUCCCCAGCAGGCUGCCACCCUAACUUGACUCACUGGUGUCCAGCUAAACAAAUGAACGAUUAUCGAGACAAGUCACCCCAAAACCGCUGUGCAGCUUGGGAAGGAAAAGAGCUAAUCACAUGGAGGGUUCUAUAUUCGCUUCCCAAGGCACACACUGUCCCCACAUGGCCAAAAUCUACUGUUCCCCUGGGAGGGCCUCUAUCCCCUACAUGCAAUCAAACUCUUCCAGCAGGGUGGAAAUCGCAGUUACACAAGUGGUUCGACAGCCACAUCCCCCGGUGGGCCUGUACCCCUCCUGGCUAUGUAUUUUUAUGUGGGCCACAAAAAAAUAAACUGCCCUUUGAUGGAAGUCCUAAGAUAACCUAUUCAACCCCCCCUGUGGCAAACCUCUACACUUGCAUUAAUAACAUCCAACAUACAGGAGAAUGUGCUGUGGGACUUUUGGGACCACGGGGGAUAGGUGUGACCAUCUAUAACACCACCCAACCCAGACAGAAAAGAGCUCUGGGUCUAAUACUGGCAGGGAUGGGAGCGGCCAUAGGAAUGAUCGCCCCAUGGGGAGGGUUCACGUAUCAUGAUGUCACCCUCAGAAAUCUCUCCAGACAAAUAGAAAACAUAGCUAAGAGUACCAGAGACAGCAUCUCUAAACUCAAGGCCUCCAUAGAUUCUCUAGCAAAUGUAGUCAUGGACAACAGAUUGGCCUUAGAUUACCUCUUAGCAGAGCAGGGUGGAGUCUGUGCAGUGAUCAAUAAAUCCUGUUGCGUUUAUGUCAAUAACAGUGGGGCGAUAGAGGAGGAUAUAAAAAAGAUCUAUGAUGAGGCUACGUGGCUCCAUGACUUUGGAAAAGGAGGUGCUUCAGCAAGGGCCAUCUGGGAGGCUGUGAAGUCUGCCCUCCCCUCCCUCAACUGGUUUGUCCCUUUACUGGGACCAGCAACGGUUAUACUCUUACUUUUCCUCUUUGGCCCUUGUUUCUUUAAUUUACUGAUUAAGUGUGUCUCUUCUAGGAUAAAGCAAUUUCACAUGAAGUCCCCCCAAAUGGAGAGAUAUCAGCUAUCUGUCAUUGGAGGCCCCAGCACCUAUAAGCACAUCUCCCCCUUGGAUGCCAGUGGGCGAAGAUUCCGGGAAACUAUGGAGGAAUUUUCUCUCUGAGACAGAGCAAGAGAGGGAGACCCUGAUGACUUCUUCGCCCCAUGUCAGCAGGAAGUAGUUACAGAAGACCCACGACGUCCUUACAACCAGAGCUUUUCAGGGUCUCCAUCUCUUGAGAAGGGAAAUACUAGGGUAGGCAGGUAGGCAGGCAUGAGCAGGCAAGAGAGCCCUUGGGAAAGGAAUCUUUAGAAACGCAGCCCACUGAUAGCUUCCUUGGUGAUGCUGCCCACAGACAGUCAGCAUGUCUCUAAUAACCCAUCCUAGAACAGCCUUUUGCUUUUUUUUUUUUUUUGAGACAAGUUCUUGCUCUGUCUCCCAGG